GGCCACCGGCUCCGUCGAGCGCCGGAUCGACAAGUUCGGCUUCAUCGUGGGCUCGCAGGGCGCUGAGGGCGCGCUAGAGGAAGUCCCCCUGGAGGUGCUGAGGCAGAGGGAGUCCAAGUGGCUGGACAUGCUCAACAACUGGGACAAAUGGAUGGCCAAGAAGCACAAAAAGAUCCGACUGCGGUGCCAGAAGGGCAUCCCGCCUUCUCUGCGGGGCCGUGCGUGGCAGUACCUGUCAGGGGGCAAAGUGAAGCUGCAGCAGAACCCUGGAAAGUUUGACGAGCUGGACAUGUCUCCUGGGGACCCCAAGUGGCUGGAUGUGAUUGAGCGUGACCUGCACCGGCAGUUCCCUUUCCAUGAGAUGUUUGUGUCCCGAGGGGGCCAUGGCCAGCAGGACCUGUUCCGUGUGCUGAAGGCCUACACGCUCUACCGGCCCGAGGAGGGCUACUGCCAGGCCCAGGCGCCCAUUGCCGCUGUCCUGCUCAUGCACAUGCCGGCUGAGCAAGCCUUCUGGUGCCUGGUACAGAUCUGUGAGAAGUACCUGCCCGGCUACUACAGCGAGAAACUGGAGGCGAUCCAGUUGGACGGGGAGAUCCUCUUCUCGCUGCUGCAGAAGGUGUCACCUGUGGCUCACAAGCACCUCAGCCGGCAGAAGAUCGACCCGCUGCUCUACAUGACGGAGUGGUUCAUGUGUGCCUUCGCCCGCACCCUGCCCUGGAGCUCCGUGCUGCGCGUCUGGGACAUGUUCUUCUGUGAAGGAGUCAAGAUCAUCUUCCGGGUGGGGCUGGUGCUACUGAAGCAUGCGCUGGGCUCCCCUGACAAGCUCAAGGCCUGCCAGGGCCAGUACGAGACGAUCGAGCGACUGCGCAGCCUCAGCCCCAAGAUCAUGCAGGAGGCCUUCCUGGUCCAGGAGGUCGUAGAGUUGCCCGUGACGGAGCGCCAGAUCGAGCGCGAGCACCUCAUCCAGCUACGACGCUGGCAGGAGACCCGCGGUGAGCUGCAGUGCCGCUCCCCACCCCGGCUGCAUGGUGCCAAGGCCAUCCUGGAGGCGGAGCCCGGCCCGAGGCCUGCCCUGCAACCUUCGCCAUCCAUCCGCCUGCCCCCAGAUGCUCCCCUCCCUGUUUCCAAAGCCAAGGCCAAGCCGCCCAAGCAGGUCCAGAAGGAACAGCGGAAGCCCUCGAAGGCGAGUGGGCAGCCGGACCAGCCCCUGACCCCCAAUCAAGCUGCAGUGGUGACCGCUGCAGGAGAUGCAUGUCCCCCACAGGAUGUGCCCUCAGAGGACCCAGCCCCCCAGGACUUGACUUCCCAGGACUCAGCCCACCACCACUCCCGGGAGAGCCUGACAUCCCAGGAGAGUGAGGACACCUACUUGUAACCUCGGCGGCUCAGGCCUCCGGACGGGGUCUCCACACACCUACACGGUUCAUGGACAGACACUCCAGGGCCUGCCUACCCUCUGAGGCGCAGAUGCCCGGUCUGGGCCCGGGGUAGUCUGGCUGGCCCAGAGCAGACUCUGCCUGAGCCUCCUUAUUUAUUUUCUCUAGAGUGGAGCUGGGGCUGGCCCAGCCAGGGUGGGCCCAGAGGUGGGGCCUCGCUCAGCCCCCUCCUCCUGGGGGUGCUCCCCAGUGCUAGGGCGCUGGCGUGAGGGCAGAGGGAGGGCGGCUCUUUGUGUAAAAUAGAAACGUGGUUUUGUACAGAUAUAAACAGGCUUGUGUAGAGGG